AUGGAGUACUCAAAUGUUGAAUGUAUUAUUUGUGCAGAAAAAAAACCCAUUAAAUAUUUUCCUGAAAUUACAGAAAAUUGUAAACAUAAUUCAGAAAUAUGUGCCGAAUGUAUUAAUAUUCAUAUUGAAAAAAAUUUGAAUAAUAUUUUAGAAAUUAAAUGUCCUUCUUAUGAAUGUGAUGAAACUUUAGAUCAUAAUGAUAUUAGAAAAUUAGCCACGGAAAAAUUAUAUGAAAGUAUGUCAGAUAUCAGAUUUUGUUUAAAUUCCAAAUGUGAUUCCGCUCAAGUUCACAGUGGAGAACAUGAUUUACCAAUAAUGACAUGUCCAAAAUGUGGUUCAAAAGCAUGCUUUACUCAUGAUGUACCAUGGCAUGAAGGUUUGACCUGUUCUGAAUAUGAUCAAAGGAAAAACAAUGAACAAGAAGUUGCCACACAUAACUAUUUGUUAAAAGAAACAAAACCCUGUCCGAAUUGUGGUGUUCAUAUCAUAAAGAAUGGUGGAUGUGACCAUAUGACUUGUAAAAUGCCAGAAUGUAAAUAUGAAUUUUGUUGGAU